AUGCUUCGAGUAUAUUGGCUGUUUAUGAUACCGUUAUUGGCGCUUGAUCCAGUGAAAGCGAUUUGCUGGGCGAUGCAAUUUCGUGAAAUGCAUCGAAAUUGUUCGAACUUCAUCACUCAAGUAACUCAAACCGAAAUCAAUGAUAUGAUGAGCAAUAAUCCAGCAGAAGAUAUAUGUGCUGAGUGGACUAGGUUACAACUUGAAAUGGAAUGUUGUGCUCCUAAUAGUAUUCUUCAUUUCUGUAACUAUACAGAAAGUGAUUCGGUAAAUGCGAUAGAUAUGAGGGAAUUUGCAACGCUGUGUUUAAGACAAGAAAUGUAUACGUGCAUUAAUCCAUUGCUGAGAUGGUUUCAUCGUCAGACCGAUUUGCUGGCGAUUAUCGCAUGCUUCGUCCUAUUUCCUUUGAAAGUGAUCGUCGUACUUGUCCUCAGGCAAGAUAUUCAAGAGUUAUUCGGCGAAAUUGUCUACGUUGGUAAUCGACAAUUGUACAGGCAUUGGGCCGCUGUGGAUCCAACGGAUGAAGAUAGCUCAGGCGGUGAUCUGAACUCAGCGCUACAAUACAGUAUGGACACAAUCACGAGUACUACAUCGCUGAUGAAACCUCGACGUGUAUUUGGUGCCUAA